GAAUUUGUUACCAAUAAAAUAUACAUUUUUGAUAUAUUUAUGCUUUGAUAUUUGUCUAAAACGUGGGAUUUGAUUAAACUUAGACUCUUUUCGCGCGGGUUCAUUGUCGUUUUACAAACAAUUAUCUUGAAAGAUGUGGACACUUCAUACGUUUUAAAUACACCACCAUGUUUCUACACGAAAUACUUUGAGAGCUGCACCGAUGUAGACUUCCUUCGCAUCAUUUUCUCCCACCCAUAUUCCGCCAUAUGGCGCGUUCUGAGCUCUGAUUGGCUGAUUAGCUUUACACUUCCGUAUUCGCGACCAGUGACAUUUUUUUAGUGUAUUGAGGCUGCAGUUUUAUUCAAAAUGAUGCCAGAGCACCAAGUUCUCAGUGAAUCCCAGCGUUACCUUCAGCGCAGGUAUGAGGUGUGAGACGCGGACUGUGUGCUGGAGAUGUCGCGUGUGAAAGACGUGGACGUGCGAUAGCCUUCUUAUGAUCUUUAACAGAAGAGACAACAUUAAAGACUGCGACGUGGAGGAAACGGUGUUGCGCGUGAAAGAUGUUCGGCGCGACGCAGACGUCCAAGUCUCAGUUCCUGGAUAAAGCGCGGCUGGCGCGGGAGGAGAGGAAGGGGCAGAAGGAGCGAGAGAGAGCGGCCACGCAGAUCCAGGCUCUGGUGCGCAGGUUUAUCUGCCGCUGUCGGCUGCAGAGGGAAAUCAGGAACGAGGUGGAUGAGUUCUUCGCCGCAGGAGAAGCAGGAGCCGCUAAGAGAAACGCGCUGUCCAUCUUUAAAAUCACCAGGAAAUUAUUAUUCGUGUUCAGUAAGGAUGAUAAACUGAGGUUUGAGAAACUCUGCAGGACGGUUCUGAGCAGCAUGGACGCUGAGAACGAGCCGAAGGUGUGGUACGUUUCUCUGGCGCUGUCUAAAGACCUGACCAUCCCCUGGCUCAAACAGAUCAAAGACCUGCUCUGGCUCUCCUGCGAGUUCCUCAAAAAACUCAAGCCGGACAUCCUGCAGGAUAAUAAAUUAGUGACUCUGUAUCUGACGAUGCUCAUCACCUUCACCGACACGUCCACAUGGAAAAUAGUGCGAGGGAAAGGAGAGGCGCUGAAGCCUGCGUUAAACAGGAUCUGUGAGAACAUCAUGGGUCACCUCAACCAGAAGGGCUUCUACUCCGUUCUGCAGAUUUUGUUAACCAAUGGAUUGGCGAGAUCCAGACCCUCUCUCUCUAAAGGCACACUCACCGCCAUCUUCACGCUGUCACUCAGACCCGUCUUAGCAGCACAUUUCUCUGAUAACCUGCUGAGAUCUUUCCUCCUCCACAUCAUGUCCGUCCCUGCCGUCAUCUCCCAUCUCAACACGCUCACUCCAGACUGCAUGAUCACUAUGCAGACUCAUGAUCUGAUGAGGAAGUUUAUCUUGUUCCUGAGUCGAGAGGAGCAGUGUUUAGACAUCUGUGUCUGUCUGGAGGGAAGUCAUACACUCUGCUUACUGGGUAACCUGAUACAGCUGGGUUACCUGAACGUAAAGGUGUUGGAGCAGGAGGCCGGUCACUUUGUGAGAGAUCUGACAGACAUGAUGUCCUACUGCCAGAGAUACGUCUCUCAGAAAAAGUCCAACCUCACACACUGGCACCCGGUGCUGGGCUGGUUCUCCCAGACUGUCGACUACGGGCUGAACGAGUCGAUGCCGCUGGUGACGAGGCAGCUGCAGUGUCUUUGGGGCGUUCCUGUGAUCUGCACACUCUUCUGUGAUGUCCUCAGCAAAAAACUGGAGGGGCAAGAGCCCGCCCCUCUUCCUCCUCCUCAGCCAACCGCAGCUCAGAACAACCUGCCCGUCAAAAAUCUGUUUAAGCGAGCGUUCCAGAAGUCGGCGUCGGUCCGGAACAUUCUGAAGCCGGUCGGGGGGAAGAGGGUGGACUCGGCCGAGGUGCAGAAAGUGUGCGGCGUGUGUGUGCUGUAUCAGACGGCCCUCACCACGCUCACACAGAUCCGCCUGCAGAUCCUCACAGGUCUGACGUAUCUGGACGAGCUGCUGCCGAAGCUGUGGGCGUUUAUCUGUGAGCUCGGACCUCAGGGAGGACUCAAACUCUUCCUCGAGUGUCUCAACAACGACACGGACGAGUCCAAACAGCUGCUGGCCAUGCUCAUGCUCUUCUGUGACUGCUCACGACACCUAAUAACGAUCCUGGAUGAUAUCGAGGUUUACGAGGAGCAGAUUUCCUUUAAGAUGGAGGAGCUCAUCACCAUUUCGUCCUUCCUAAACACGUUUGUGUAUAAAAUGAUCUGGGAUGGCAUUCUGGAGAAUGCGAAAGGGGAGAAGCUGGAUCUGUUCCACAGCGUGCACGGCUGGCUGAUGGUGCUGUAUGAGAGAGACUGUCGCAGGAGAUUCACGCCUGAUGAACACUGGCUACGCAAGGACCUGAAGCCUAGUCUGCUGUUCCAAGAGCUGGACAAAGGCAAGAAGAGAACUCAGCUUCUGCUGCAGUACAUCCCUCACGUCAUUCCACACAAAAACAGGGUUCUGUUGUUCCGGAACAUUGUGACGAAGGAAAAGGAGACACUGGGAUUGGUCGAGACAAGCUCCGCCUCCCCGCAUGUGACGCACAUAACUAUUCGGCGCUCUCGCAUGCUCGAGGACGGGUACGACCAGUUGCGUAGGCUGCCCGUGAACUCCAUUAAAGGUGUGAUCCGUGUGAAGUUUGUGAAUGACCUGGGGGUGGACGAGGCUGGGAUCGAUCAGGACGGAGUGUUUAAGGAGUUUCUGGAGGAGAUCAUUAAGAAGGUCUUCAACCCUGCGCUCAACCUGUUCAAGACGACCAGUGGGAACGAGCGCCUGUACCCCUCGCCCACGUCCAGCCUCCAUGAGAACCACCUGCAGCUGUUCGAGUUCGUGGGUAAGAUGCUGGGUAAGGCGCUGUACGAGGGCAUCGUGGUGGACGUCCCCUUCGCCUCGUUCUUCCUGAGUCAGGUGCUCGGACAUCACCACAGCUCCUUCUACAGCUCCAUCGACGAGCUGCCCUCACUCGACUCCGAGUUCUACAAGAACCUCACCUCCAUUAAGCGCUACGAUGGUGAUGUGAGUGAUCUGGGUCUGACUUUAUCAUACGAUGAGGAUGUGAUGGGGCAGUUAGUGUGUCAUGAGUUGAUUCCGGGUGGAAAGACCAUUUCUGUUACUAAUGAAAACAAGAUCAGCUACAUCCACCUGAUGGCACAUUUCCGGAUGCACACCCAGAUAAAGGAGCAGACGGGGGCGUUUAUUCGUGGUUUCCGCAGCAUCAUCAACCCCGAGUGGCUGCACAUGUUCUCCACCCCUGAGGUGCAGCGGCUCAUCUCCGGGGACAACGCCGAGAUCGAUCUGGACGACCUCAAAAAGCACACUGUGUACUACGGCGGCUUCCACAGCAGCCACAGGGUGAUAAUCUGGCUGUGGGACAUCCUGUCCAGUGACUUCACUCCUGAAGAGAGGGCCAUGUUCCUCAAGUUUGUCACCAGCUGUUCCAGACCUCCUCUGUUGGGUUUCGCCUAUCUCAAACCGCCUUUCUCCAUCCGCUGUGUGGAAGUGUCAGACGACCAGGACACGGGGGACACUCUGGGCAGCGUGCUUCGUGGUUUCUUCACCAUACGCAAGAAGGAACCAGGCGGCCGUCUGCCCACCUCCUCCACCUGCUUCAACCUGCUCAAACUGCCCAAUUACAGCAAGAAGAGCAUCCUCAGAGACAAACUGCGCUACGCCAUCAGCAUGAACACGGGCUUCGAGCUCUCCUAACACACACCUCUACAUCCUCACACACACACACACACACACUCACCCAGAGACAGAGCUCAUUCAGAAACCAGCAACGACGAAAAGGAAGCAUAUAUCGAACGAGCUUCCUGAGUUUCUGGGCAUGUUCAGAGAUGAGAGACAUGAACUGCAGCAGCACAGGGAUUAGUCAGAACGUGUUCACUGCGUACACACACACACACACACACACACACACACACACUCUCUCUGAAUGGGAAAGGCGAGACCUCUGUCCUACUCAGCAUCUAAAGCCAAAGGAUCUCUACUGGCCUUAUUCACUUCCUCCUGGAGUGUGAAACUCGAUCAAACCCCUCAGCAGAUCUUACUCCUGCUUACACUUCAGUUUCAGAGUACCGUUCUGUCUCUCUUUGUUUCUCAUCACUCGCACUCCUGGACCUUCACUUCUCAUGAGGAUUGGGACGGAACCCCUCACAGCCGAGGGUGUGUCUGGACUCUCUCUCACGCUCUACAACGGAAAGCAAUACGGAUGCAACACAAAGCCAUGAAACACACCACAUGAAGGAAACACCAGCUGGCGUGUUCCUGAAGCGUUACUCAGACUUUUAUGUAGAUUAAAACACGCAGCUGUUUGGAUCACUGCUCUUGGUUCAGAUUGUGGCUCCACAUGAAAGAUCUAGAAGAACAAAUUUCGUCACGUUCCCUAAUACACACUACAGGAAGAGAGAGAGUAUUUAAGUGACUUUUUUUUGCACAAUAUUUAAAUCAAAGCAGGCUGCCUAGAGAAGUGUGUUGGAUUCAUUUGUUUAACAGAUUUUAUUGUUCUGAAAUCGAGACGUGUUCACUAACUGUAACUGUACAGUGAGCUGAGAGCGACUGAAUGGUUUGUUAUUAAAUCCCCAUCAUCACGACCUGACGGAAGACCGCACUGAGGAUCUGUAGUGCCGUGCUGCACAAACCCCCAGCAGCAGGAAACUAAACCCAGUGAAGUCUUAAACAAGCAGGUGUAGCUCCAGGUGUGUGUAACGUCCUGUCAUGGGUACAAUGACCUCCAUAAAAUCACUUCUUUUCUAUUUCCUCAUUAUUCAGUCAAGUUUUUAUUUGUGUAUCUUGUUUCUUUCAGGCACGUACACGUUUUUGUGUUUAAUAAUUUUAACAUGAAACAAUAUACACACACACACACACACACACACACACACACAUUGGUCUGCCAUGGUUUCAGAGUGUUACACUGGAAACAAGCCAUAUAGAAGGAGAUGACGAGUCUUAAACCAGCUCAGAGACUGGACUCUAAAGGACUCUGAAGUUCUCCUCUUGCAUGAUGUCACUGGAUGAUUCAAAACUCUGGUCCUGUCACUAAAUAAAAAAUGAGGGCAUUCUGGGUUUUUCCUUCUCUCUCUCUCUCUCUCUCAAGCUUUCACGAAGCAUCUAAAUGAUUAAUUAGACGUGGUCUUAAACGGGGUCCAGUACGCGGGUGUUGGUGCAUGAGCAUGUUAAAGAACUGAUGAUGAGAGUUUUGUAAAAGGCUGAAGCGUAUUUGCAGGAGCGUAAUGUUUUUGUAUGCGAUGCUUUCCCCAGUCAUUGUGCAGUGUGUGUUAGAAUCUUGUACUGCAGCUGUUCCUGCACUGCUUUUUCAUCUCUACAUCCUACACGUCCUCCUCUUUUAAUCACCGCUCUCAGUGUCUGUUAUUCAGAUAACAGUGGUGGAACGGGACUGAUCUGGAGCAGAUGGGUCCAGUUCUAACUCGCUGCAUGAAGGGUUUAAUGUGGGGUGUAGUGAAAGGUUCCAGGUUUGGGAAUCACCGUGCUGGUUCUGACUGGCUUUGAGAAGGUCUGUGUUCUGCACUCAUCUGUCUGAAUUCUUCCUGUUUUGUGCUUCUGUAUGUGUGAAUCUCAUCAUCCUUUCAGCAGGACCGAGCUGAGCCACGCUGAUGAUCCUAACGAGCUGAACACAAGGGUUUUGGACUGCAUUUUUGAUCCAGAUGGACUGGUGUGUGUCUGGUGAUUGAACAUUUCAUGCAAAACACACUGUAAAGAACGAUUGUAAAAGCUGAAGAUUACAGACCGAGCGUGACUGAUGAUCUUCAGACCCUAAUGAUGUCAUAAAAAAAAUUUUCCCCUCCUUUAAAAUAUUUCAGUCUUCUUCAUCCCUGGUUCUGCGCUGGAGGAUGUUUUUGAACUCGGUUGCGCUACAGAAACAGAAGGUCACUAUAGGAAUGAAGAAAGCCGUGUCAUUGUAAAGUUCUGUAGUAAUAUUUCUGUAAAAUGUAAACUUAAUCAGUUCAGUCAUG